CCCUCAGUCGGCGGCGGCGGCGGGACAAGAUGGCGGGCCGGACUAUGCAAGCAGCGCGAUGUCCUACAGACGAACUCUCGUUAAGCAACUGUGCCGUGGUCAACGAGAAGGACUUCCAGUCUGGCCUGCACGUCGUCGUGAGGACCUCCGCAAACCACAGAUACGUUUUUACGCUACGGAGCCACCAGUCGGUCGUUCCUGGAACCAUAGCUUUCAGUUUGCCUCAGAGAAAAUGGGCUGGACUCUCUAUUGGGCAAGACAUAGACGUUUCCAUGUAUAACUUUGAUAAGACCAAGCAGUGCAUCGGUACUAUGACCAUUGAGAUAGACUUCCUUCAGAAGAAGAGCGUCGACUCCAAUCCUUACGAUUCAGACAAAAUGGCGGCUGAGUUCAUCCAGCAGUUCAACAACCAGGCGUUCACGGUCGGGCAGCAGUUGGUGUUUAGCUUCAGUGACAAGCUUUUUGGCCUCUUGGUCAAGGACAUUGAAGCCAUGGACCCCAGCAUCCUGAAAGGAGAGCCUGCUUCAGGCAAAAAACAGAAGAUCGAAGUCGGUCUUGUCGUCGGGAACAGCCAAGUGGCGUUUGAAAAGGCAGAGAGCUCUUCUCUCACUCUCAUCGGCAAAUCCAAAACCAGAGAAAACCGCCAAUCCAUCAUCAACCCUGACUGGAACUUCGAGAAGAUGGGCAUCGGAGGCCUCGACAAGGAGUUUUCCGACAUCUUCCGGCGGGCUUUUGCCUCCCGAGUGUUUCCACCGGAGAUUGUGGAGCAAAUGGGCUGUAAGCAUGUGAAAGGUAUCCUCCUCUACGGCCCCCCUGGCUGUGGAAAGACCCUCAUGGCCAGGCAGAUUGGCAAGAUGCUGAAUGCCCGGGAGCCCAAAGUCGUGAACGGUCCUGAAAUCCUCAACAAAUAUGUCGGCGAGUCAGAGGCCAACAUUCGGAAGCUCUUCGCCGAUGCAGAAGAGGAACAAAGGAGGCUUGGGGCAAACAGUGGUGUUCACAUUAUCAUUUUUGAUGAGAUCGAUGCCAUCUGCAAGCAGCGAGGGAGCAUGGCGGGGAGCACCGGCGUCCACGAUACGGUGGUCAACCAGCUGCUGUCGAAAAUCGACGGGGUCGAGCAGCUGAACAACAUCUUGGUCAUCGGUAUGACCAACAGGCCGGACCUGAUAGACGAGGCUCUUCUUCGACCUGGAAGGUUGGAGGUGAAAAUGGAGAUUGGUUUGCCCGACGAAAAGGGCCGAAUGCAGAUCCUGAACAUCCACACGGCGAGGAUGCGCACCCACCAGCUACUGGCUUCUGACGUGGAAAUUUCGGAGCUGGCUGUGGAGACCAAGAACUUUAGCGGCGCCGAGCUAGAGGGCCUGGUCCGUGCGGCGCAGUCCACUGCUAUGAACCGGCACAUCAAGGCCAGCACCAAAGUGGAAGUCGAUAUGGAGAAGGCAGAAUCCCUGCAGGUGACCAGGAGCGACUUUUUUGCUUCCCUGGAGAAUGACAUCAAACCGGCAUUUGGGACCAAUCAGGAGGAUUACGCCAGCUACAUCAUGAAUGGCAUCAUCAAGUGGGGUGACCCCGUCACCCGGGUCCUGGAUGAUGGUGAGCUUCUUGUGCAGCAGGUCAAGAACAGCGACCGGACCCCCUUGGUCAGCGUCCUUUUGGAAGGUCCCCCGCACAGCGGAAAGACAGCCUUGGCUGCAAAAAUUGCGGAAGAGUCCUGUUUCCCCUUUAUCAAGAUCUGCUCUCCCGAUAAGAUGAUUGGCUUUUCGGAAACGGCCAAGUGCCAGGCCAUGAAGAAGAUCUUUGACGAUGCUUACAAGUCUCAGCUCAGCUGCGUGGUGGUGGACGACAUCGAAAGGCUCUUAGAUUACGUCCCAAUCGGGCCGCGAUUCUCCAACUUGGUGUUGCAGGCUCUGCUGGUGCUGCUGAAGAAGCCGCCUCCUCAUGGCCGGAAGCUCCUCAUCAUCGGGACCACCAGCCGCAAAGACGUCCUGCAAGAGAUGGAGAUGCUGGAUACUUUCAGCACCACCGUCCACAUCCCCAACAUUGCCUCCGGGGACCACCUCAUGGAGGCUCUUGAGCUCCUGGGCAGCUUCAAAGACAAGGAACGCAGCACCAUUGCCCAGAACGUCAAAGGGAGGAAAGUGUGGAUCGGGAUCAAGAAGCUGCUGAUGCUGAUUGAGAUGUCGUUACAGAUGGAUCCCGAGUACCGUGUGAGAAAAUUCCUGGCACUCCUAAGAGAAGAAGGAGCUAGCCCGCUUGACUAAGAAGGAAGCCGGGACAUCCCGAAGAAGCCAGUGGCCAGGGAAGCCGCCAGCAAGAGGGCACCUUCCCACCCCCAGACCUUCUCUUUUCCACGUGGCACAUCCAUACACGAGUGCAGCGUCUGGCUCCCUGCGGAGAUGCGCGCACCCCCCCCCCCCCCGGCCGUUUUGCAUGUGGGACAUAGCCAAACAGUGUGCUCUUCAGUCUCUGUAGUCUUGAAUAUCCUGGUGUCUUGUGGCAACUUGAGUCUCUGCUCCAGUAAUUGUGCUUUUGUACUUUGCAGCCUGCUGCACCACACACACACAUACUCCGUGUUGGCACAUGGGGUGGGGGAAAAGAGGAAGGCGCACCAGCCUGCAUGUAUGCACCCCUGUAUCUGCCACUUCUGGAGCCAGCAGUGGCUCCCUUUCUGUGUUGCCUGCAUCACAGGAAGUCCUCCUCCUUCCUAACUCCACCCAUGCAGCGUGCAAAGCACUCGAUGGUUGUAGAGUUGCAGCUGCCCCUUGAUAUCCCACAGUAGCCACAGCAUCCCUCCUUUCAUGGACCAGUCAGUUUCGGGUAGGCCUGUACCCUAGGAGGAGCCUCAGCCCUGCUGCCCAGACAAUGAUAACCAAAGCACGUGGUCCCUGCCCGAAAGUUCGGGUGAGCCUGUGUCGCCGGUGAUCUCUCUCCUGCCCCUGUUUGCGCACCGGAGGCUGCUCCCGCUUCAGUUUGUCAUCGAUCCCGAUGGCUUCAACCUGUCCCUACUGGCGAACUUCUUAAUAAUCCCGUAAAACCUUGAAAACGUUCUCCUAUUUUUCUGCCCAUGGCUCUCAACCUGCUGGAGUCUGGCUUCGGCCCAGCUGCAUUCCCCACUGGCUUGUGUUUUAGGGGCGCAGCUUCUGCCAUCCUUUGGGCCUGGCGAAUCAGCUCAUCUCACCUGCCCCUACCCGCCCCCCCAGCCCGGAAUGGCCACCAGGGACUAGCUAAGCACUGUAGUUCCAUUUCCCUCUGGCUUUUCGCCAUACCCGGGGUCCCGAGAGGGAAAGCUCCCUUUGUUCUUUGCAGGGAUACUUCCUGUGGUUUGUGUCAUGCGCCGAACCAUCAGGCAGCUUUCUGGGCUUGCCCAGGCCACUCCUCCUAAGCCAGCCCCCAAGACAGCUUGCCUGAGCCACGUCCUAUGCUGUGACGGGGGCCUCCUGCUCUGUGGUUAUAGCUAGCCUAGACGUUGCCCCCGUCGCCAUUGGGUAGAUCCCCCAUCAGCGUCGUCGCCUGGCAGAAAGCUCUGCCCGAAUCUCGCGUUUUACGGAAAUCAACUUUCCCGCACUCUGUACUCGUUAACAGUAGGUGGGAAAGCAACAUCGUGGGAUUCAAAUGGCAGAAACAUAGAACACACGUUGGCUCUUAGGAACCAAGCGGCUCCCACCAGCAAGCUCCGUAUCGAGAUAAGCUCUUCACCUUGCUUUCUGCGGAAUAAUCAAAAAAUGUCGCAGGGCCCUCAAUAUCCCCUGGCUAGACGCUACCCCAAUGCAAGCGGCAGGGCCAGUCCACCAUCUUGCCACAUGCUUCCCGUAUCAUCCUCGGUGUGGCUUGCCUUUCCCAAAACCGCUGAACCGAGCAGACGGAAGUGCGAGUUUCCUCUCCUCCAGCCCUGACGCGGCAAAAGGCGACUUGUCGUGUUUAGAUACUGUAGCAGUGUGCUUGGAUCGCAACUCACUGAAUCUCUUUUUUGUGUAGGGCUUUCUUUGUAGCAGGAGCUCCUUUGCCUAUUAGGCCACACCCCCUGCUCUCCAAGAACUCACAGAGCCUACUGUCGGCUCUUGGAGGAUUGGCUACGGCAGGGAGGUGUGGCCUAAUAUGCAAAAAAGUUCCUGCUACAAAGAAAGCCCUGCUGACGUGAGUUACCAACUUUUGUUCUUUUGGAUUUCCCCUGGGGGGAGAAGGGGUUUAAAACUGUUGUAAACCCCCUGCAAGAUCCCUUCGAUAUUACGGUUGUACAGUUUGGGCCGCUUUCGGCUGCACCCUUCUCCUCCACACUCCCCCCUCCCCUUUUUUUGUUUCCCUGUUGUUCAUCUUUCAGUGAAAGCAAAACACUUGUGUGUAACUUAAAAGUCUUUUGGUCAGAUGAUGUAAACAUUUUUAUCGUGGUUUUUGUUCCAAAGCUAUAUCAAGGGAGAAAAAAGAAAACACAAAUUAUAUAUAUAUUGAUUGUUUGUAUGGUUAAAACGCAGACAAAUGGAUGCAAUAAAAAGGCACAGAUAACUUAAA